AUGAGGGUCCACAAUAGCGUUGAGAAUGAGGCGUUUGCGGCUUGGCUUGGGCAGAUGAGCCAUGAUUCCCGAUGCCCAACAAAUUACACCGCAUUCUCGAAGCGGGCGAUUCUAGCGAUGAGAAACGAUACAGUCGCUGAGUUUAAUGAUAGAGUUCUACAGCAAAUUCAAGGUGAAGUGCACACGUACUAUUCGGUAGACACUGUUGACAGUGGUAAUUCAGAAGAGAAUGCAAAUCUGCUACCUCCAGAAUAUCUGCAGGGUCUCAAUCCGUCUGGCCUCCCACCGUCUAUCAUCAAACUAAAGGUGGGAGCACCAAUAACUCUUCUACGCAAUCGAUUUCCAAAGCAAGGUCUCUGCAAUGGAACACGAAUGACAGUAACUAAGCUGGGUGUACGGUGCAUUGAAGCCAAGAUUCUGGGUGGUGAGUUUGAUGGGGAGCCAAAGGUUAUACCACGUAUACAACUUUCGUCCACUGAGGGAGAUCUACCUUUCACAUUAAUGAGAAGGCAGUUGCCUAUUCGGCUAUGCUUUGCGAUGACUGUCAAUAAAUCGCAGGGUCAAUCACUGGAUGUCGUUGGGGUUGACUUGAGGUCUGAUCCCUUCACUCACGGGCAGCUCUAUGUAGCGCUCUCGAGAGUCACAGAUGUAGCUGGCUUGAUAGUGCUGCAACGAGAUGAGACGCCGCCGCAAACGGACAACAUUAAAGGACUUAUGCUGGAGCCGGUUGGAGGACUUGAGGGUAUAUGGUUGGAGGUGGUAGAAGGUGGAUUUCUGUGUGGAUGGUAUGUUUUCGGUAAGGAAGGGAAAGAGGGGUCGGUUACGGUAUUGGAUAUAGGAUGGGGGGAAUGCAAGAAGUCGGGGGACUGGGUAUCGAAUGCUAGAAUGACUUACGGAAAUGGUGGGGAGGAUCCAGGCAUGGAGGAAAUGGGAGAGAAGGAUAGAGUUGGAUACGGGAUGGUGGGUGAAAUUGCAUAG